UCCAUCGAAAUCCCGAGCACAGCGCUCUGUCCCGCUCGGUAUGGCCACUGCCAAGUCACAAAUCGGGCACGGGGUUUAUGAAUUGCGCAGCCGCGAAACCUCAAGCAAUAGAAUCACGUGAAUGACUACAAUCGACAGCUGAGCAGGGGAGGGAGAUGGUCUGCUGGGCGCAGGGCUCGGUUUUCCUGGUCAGCAAUGCGUCCAGCGCUGUCUUCUCUGGACGCUAUGGAGAUUCGACUGCAUAUUCUCAACCUCGAGCUAUCAGUAGUGGUCGAAUCGGUGUGGCUCAAUUCCUGAUUCAUGGUACCGCCGCGAGGACAUACCGUGGUGCGGAGUCGCUUACAUCAGUCGGCGAAACGGAUCGGUCCGUGAGAAGACUCUGCCCUUGCCUGUUGGCCAAGAGAAAGUCCAGUGGAACUGAUUUCAGUGCCGAAGAUGAGCUGGAUGAAGAUCUGCGCGCUGGUCUUAACGAGGUUACGACUGAAGCUUUGAAGGUUAUGCUUGCGGAGGACGAUAAAUUGGUAGAGCAAUUUCGGGAGAAAGUGGAUUAUCUGGGCGAGUAUCUGGUUCAAGAUGGCCAUCUGGAUGCAGCGAGGUUCUUGUUUGUUGUAAGGGGCAUGCUUGAUCAUGAGGUCUAUCCACAGAAAGAUGACCUUAUCGGUCCUUACAAGAAGGCCUUCGACAAGAUUGCCCACUUGCUUGAAGACUCUGGUUGGGUUUUGAAGCAAGAGGGCCAAGAGGUCGCCGGGGAGGAGAUGGUGGACGAGGAGUUGAUUCCUCCAGUUUUGAACACAAGUAUGUAGAUAUUUUUCUAGUAUGGGAAAGUUAUACGAGAUAGAAAUAGCACCCAUCCAUAGAAGAGAGUGGAAUUAGAUCUUUCAAAUUUGUAACAAUAGCGUUUCGGUCAUGAAUCAUUUAUGUCGCCAGGGAUUAUUCGAUAAGCUUAAUUUAUGAUCAAGACUUCUGAACUUAAGAGCUCAUGACACCACCUGAGCUGAGGUCUGCACACCUUGACGGUCGAACUGGUUCAAAUCAAUGUUUUCUCAAGGUACACCGACCUUGGCGUGGCUCGGAUUUUACGGCCUGGACGAAAAGCUUAGUUUCUGAAGUCAGUUGAAAUCCAUGUUUUCCUUGAUUUUACUGAUUCUCUUGAUUAGGCCCUAAGCAGCGUCCUGAUGACACAAGUCAUGUACUUCGAUACCUCAAACAGAAUCUCCGAACAACUUCCUGCUGUAUGAGUAGAAGACCAUAUAUUGAUGUAUAAACUCUAAGAUCAUUAAAAGUGAAGACCAUUACGUAG